ACCUUUGAAUUUCUACAACCUUGCUUCAUAGCUGACACAUUUUCCACACGUGUUUGAUGAAUGAAAACAUGAAAUAAAAUAUUUCUUAAAAUUGUCUAUAAAUUUAAUAGAAAACAACAUUGGUUAUUGAAAAAUUUUACAUAAAACUAAUUAAGUUAAAAAAAAAAACUACAAUGGUACGCAACAAAAAUAAUUCACGAUCAAAAAAACGAAAAUUAGAACACCGUCGGAAACCACCGCAAAAAAAGCAAAAAUACGAUAUAACUAAUAAGCCGAUUUAUAUGAAGGAACGCGAAGCAAGAGCCAAGGAAAAUACAUUACCAAAAAGAUACGAAGCACCUCUUAUUCAAAAAACAGAAAAUUGGACAAAUAUUCGUAAUGAAAAUUCUGAAAGUGAAAAAGAAGAUGAAGAAGAAGAUUCCCUAAAGGCAUUGUUAAAUACGUUUAGUAAUAAAAAACCGACAAAAGUAGCCGUUCUUUCGGAUUCAGAAAGCGAUGAUAAUAUUGACGAACAAGCGGCAGAAGAUGAUGAUGAUUUGGAAAAUGAAGAAAAUUUGGAAGAUUCAGUUGGAGACGAAGAAGUAGAAGAUGAGAAGGAAGAAGAGGAAGAAGAAGAAAAUUUAGAGGAAGAAUCACUCAAUGACGACGACGAAGAAAUAGUUCUAAAUCAAGAAGAAGACGAUGAUUACGAUCCAAAAACCGAAUCAUCAGAUCCAUUUUCCCUUCAUUUUCAAAAUGACAUAAGUGACGAUCUCUAUAAUUCUUUAUCCACAGCUCAAAAUUAUAAAACCCACAAUUUAACAUGGUCAAAAUUAGGAAAAAUUCUCUGUCAAAUUCCCAUUAGUCAAACAGCAAUAAAGGAAUUAUCAUCAAAUAAUAAGCAAAAAUCCCUAAUAGCUCUUGAGGAAAAAAAUGAAUUUGCAAAACCCACAAAACCUCCACGUCUAAUUACAAAUAUUGAUUGGAAAAAUCUCUACGUUAAAUCUCAAAUUAAUGUUAAUAUCAGUAAAGUAAAUUACAAUAAUAUCAAGGACAAUGUGGAAACAACAAAAAGUCCUCUAACACAAUUACAAAAAGAACUCUUCUCUUUAAUUAAUAAUUAUCAAGAUUUACUAUUUACCGAGAGAACAUUUACAAAUGCAGAGGAAAUUCGUCUCAUUUAUUGUCUUCAUACAAUGAAUCAUAUUCUUAAAACAAGAAUGAAAAUACUUCGACAUAAUUUAAAAUUAACAAAAAAUCAUUCCACCGAUGUACCAAAUGAAUUUCGUGAUCAAGGACUUGUUAGACCAAAAGUAUUGAUUCUUGUUCCAUUUCGUGAUUCAUGUUUAAAAAUAGUUAAAUUGCUAAUUGGUUUAUUAAUUGACGAGGGUAAAGGUGGAUCGGUAAUGAAUAAAAAGAGAUUUUUUGAUGAAUUCAGUGGUGGUGAAAUUUUAAUGCCUAAAAAAAAUCCAAAACCUGAAGAUUAUGAAAUGACAUUUCAGGGUAAUAGUGAUGAUAGUUUUAGAAUUGGAAUACAAGUAACGAAAAAAGUAUUAAAAUUGUAUUCAAAUUUUUAUACAUCCGAUAUUAUUAUUGCAUCCCCAUUGGGUUUAAGAACAUUAAUUGGCGCUGAGGGUGAAUUAAAUAGAGAUUAUGAUUUUUUGGCAUCAAUUGAAAUUUUAAUAUUAGAUCAAACGGAAAUUUUUCUCAUGCAAAAUUGGGAUCAUUUUAUUCAUCUUAUGGAACAUAUGCAUUUACAACCAAAAACAUCGAGGGGAACUGAUUUCUCGAGAAUUAGAAGUUGGGCUGUUAAUGGAUGGACCAAAUAUUACAGGCAAACGCUGAUUUUUUCAUCCAUGGAGUUACCAGAAAUUUAUGGAAUCUUUAGCAAACGUUGUCACAAUUUUGCCGGUAGAAAUAAAAUUUCAAAUCCCAUUAUUCCAGGUUCUGCAUCACAAGUAAUUGUUAAAGUACCACAGGUCUAUCAUCGUUUUGAGGCAAGCAGUUAUUCACAAGCAAUUGACGCUAGAUUUAAAUUUUUUACAACAAAAAUUCUUCCACAAUAUACGGAUUCAAUGAUGGGUCAUACACUUAUAUUUGUGCCAUCUUAUUUUGAUUUUGUUACACUUAGAAAUUAUAUGAAAAAUGAACAAUUAAAUUUUGUGCAAAUUUGUGAAUAUUCAAAAGAGGCAAAAAUUGCUAAAGCACGUGAUAUAUUUUUUCACAGUGAAUCACAAUUUCUUUUAUAUUCAGAGAGAUUUCAUUUUUUUCGACGUAUUAGAGUAAAAGGAAUUCGUCAUAUUUUAUUUUAUGGACCACCAGUUUUAUCACAUUUUUAUAGUGAAAUGAUUAAUUUAAUGCAAGAGAGUAAUCAAAAUUCAAAAGGUGGUUCCGAAAGUAAUAUGUCCGUUACUGUUGUUUAUUGUAAGUAUGACAUUAUGCAAUUAUCGUCAAUUAUUGGCACUGAGAGAGCAUCGAAAAUGCUUACUUCGGAGAAAAAUGUUCAUAUGAUUAUUACAGACAAGUAACGAAAUUUAUAGUGUGAUAUAAUUUACCAGAUCGGUAUGUAAAAUUUCUUUUGUAAAAUAUUUAUAAAUUUUAAAUAAAAAAAUUUUACUACAAUUUUUUUAACAGUUGUAAAAAUGUGUUGAUAAAUAAAAAUAGCUGCAUUACAAAAAAA